AUGGCAACUGCUGACUUGUCGUAUCGUCAAGGCCUCUCUUUCACGCCAGAGCAGCGUAUUUCCAAGAACCUGACGGGCCUCAUCCCGCAUGUCAUGGAAGACAGCAAGAAGCAGUGCGAGCGCGCGCUCAAGAUGAUCCGGACCCGCCAGACGGGCAUUGACAAAUACCUGUACCUGUCGACCCUGAAAAGGGAGAACGUCGACUUGUUCUACCGCCUUCUGAUUGACCACGCCAAAGAGCUGAUGCCCCUCGUGUACACGCCAACCAUUGGAGACGUAUGCCUGCAGUACUCAACGCUGUACACUCGGCCCGAGGCGCUGUACAUCUCGAUCAAGCAGCGCAAGUCAAUUAGGACUAUUCUGAGGAAUUGGCCCUAUGCGAACCCCGAGAUCUGUGUUGUGACAGACGGCUCCCGCAUUCUUGGUCUGGGCGAUCUUGGCGUGAAUGGCGUGGGAAUUCCGAUCGGCAAGCUAGCCCUGUACACGGCUGCCGCCGGCAUUCGUCCGGAAAAGACUCUCCCCAUCGUCCUCGACUGCGGCACCGCCAAUGAGACCAACCUCAAGGACCCGCUCUACCUCGGCCUGCGCGCCAAACGCGUACCGGUGCCUGAGCAGCAGGCCUUCAUGGACGAGUUCAUGGAGGCCGCCGCCGACGUGUACCCGGACAUGGUCGUGCAGUUCGAGGACUUCGAGAGCGAGAAAGCCUUCAACUACCUGGACCGCUACCGCAACAAGUACAAGUGCUUCAACGAUGACAUUCAGGGUACCGGGGCUGUCGUCUUGGCAGGCUACAUUGGCGCCGUCAACUUGUCCGGCGUGCCUAUAGAGGAACAGCGCCUGGUGUUCAUGGGCGCUGGUUCCGCUGGUGUCGGUGUCGCCAAGCAGCUGGUCGAAUACUACACCAAGCGCGGCUUGUCAGAGCAGGCUGCCAAAGACAAGUUCUGGCUCGUCGAUACCAAGGGCCUCGUGACCAAGGACCGCGGCGACAAACUCGCCGAUCACAAAAAGUACUUUGCCCGGACUGACAACAACGGCCACCAGUUCCGCACCCUCGAGGAAGUUAUCGAGUACGUCAAGCCGACCGCCCUCGUCGGUCUUACUGCCACCUUUGGCGUCUUCACCGAGUCUGUCGUUCGCGCCCUGAAGGCUUCGGUCGACGCCGGCGGCCUUGGCCGCAGGCCCAUCCUCUUCCCCCUGAGCAAUCCUCUCAGUAAGGCCGAGUGCACCUUUGAGCAGGCCGUGACGUGGACCGACGGCACUGUCAUUUUCGCUUCCGGCUCGCCCUUUUCACAGUUCACGGUCAAGGUUAGCGACCAUGCCGUCACCUACUACCCCAAUCAAGGCAACAAUGUCUACGUCUUCCCCGGCAUUGGUCUCGGCGCUAUCCUUGCCAAGGCCAGCCGCGUCACGGACAACAUGAUUUACACAUCAGCCGCCGCUUUGGCUGGCUCGCUCAAUGCCGAUGAGAUUCACAAGGGUCUCAUCUACCCGCGCAUUGAGCGCGUCCGCGAUGCCAGCAUAAUCGUCGCCCGAGAGGUCAUGAAGGCAGCGCGUCGCGACGGCGUCAGCCAGUUGGCUGAAGAGCAAUGGCUCGAGUGGGAGGAGUGGGGUGAUCUCGCCCUCGACAAGUACAUCAAGGCUCGCAUCUACGAUCCUCAGCUUUAG